AUGGAACCAUGGAAGGUAAGAUCCAGUAGAUCCAAGGCGAACAAUGUGGUGGCCUGCAAGAAGCACCCCAAGCACAGGCAAUCUCCGGGAGUUUGCUCUAUCUGUCUGCGCCAGAAGCUCUCGCAGCUCUCCAAUUGCGACAGCUCCAGAGCUGCCAGAUCUCGAUCCGCUUCUUCUGCUUCUUCUCUCUCCUCCUACGUCUCUUCUCUCUCCUCCUCAAAUGCCUCGCCUGCGCCGGACGCCGUCGCCUUUUUCAGGAAGAGUAGAUCCAUGGCGCUGGUGGUGCCGCGGAGACGAAAACAAGAGGCCGGUCAGAAUGGUAAGGAGAUUCCGAUUGUUAAAGGAGGGUUUUGGUCCAAAUUGUUGCCCCAAAAAAGUACAAGGACAUUGAUGCAUUCCAGAACUACCAGAGAAAUCAAAGGAUCGUUGCAUCACUUCAUUACUUGA